UUUCAAAACAAUGACAGCACAAGCGCUGAGGACGGCGGAGGAGGUAGAUUGUCGCCGCUUCUUGGCGGCGUGGACGAGACUCCAGGCUAAUAAGAAGCAGUCUUUAGACUAUGAUGUUGAGGAACAGUAUCAGCAGUUAGCGCGUCACUUUCAGCAGGUCAUUCAAAACAGCGAAGAGUUGAGAGCUUUAGAGCCAGAAGUCGCCCCCGUGUUGGCUACCAUAGCUGCGCUCAAGAAGGAGCAGGAUACGUCGAUGUCGCGACGAAUUCCACGAGCUUCAGAGAUCGCGAAACUGCGAGAGGAGCGUGCCCGUGCUGCCAAGACUGCCAAGACAUACAGCAAGCCUGAAGCUCUCGUGAAGACCCAAAAACAUGAGUCAGCACCCAGUGCUGAAGUGAAGGAAGAGAAGGUCGCAGAACUGCGCACGGAUCUGAGUGCUGAAGACUUCACUUCGAUGCUGGAGAUGGCAGCGCCGCAGGAGGAGAAGCUGUCAACCAAGGCCAUCAGAAAACGGCUGGGUCUGGUGGAUCGCUCUGGAACCCAGGCGAGUGCAUCUGAGACGGUGGCACGUGAAGAACAGGAGUCAAUUCAGUCGGAGAUGAUGUCGCUGGCGAAGCAGCUUAAGGACAGAACGCAGACCAUUAAUCAGUCUCUGGCGGAGGAUGUCAAGAUCUUGGACGCUGUGGGACAGAGCGCCGAGUCAAACACUGCGCUAUUGGAUCGCGAGAAUGCCAAGCUGAAAGAACAAUUGGCUUCCAGUAUCGGUCUGUGGACGUCCUUAUGGCUCGUAGCGAUGCUGGUCAUUGUCUUCGUCGUCACAUAUUUCUACAUGAAGUUGUUCUCGCGACGCUGGUAACGUGAGAGCAGCUUCAUGGAGAGAUACUUGUUAGUGAUUGCCAACACAAAAUAUAGUGUAUUUCUCUAUCCAAACUAACAUUAACGUUCUUUUGCUCCUUAGUUUUCGUAAUGCACUAAGGGUGUGUAAGCAGCAUCGUACCAGUCCCGCGUGGUGUGUAGACCUCGCCAACCACGGAAAGGCCGUUCGCUUGCGUAUUGCGCGAUGCAACGCAAUGCCACUUCCUUCUCCAAGUACUUGAUUAGCACACCUCCCACCGCCACCAGCAGGAUUUCGUCGUGAAUAAAUGCCAGAUAUGCAAGGCCACAGAUGAAAGCCACAGCUUGGUUCACAAUAGAGCUGACAUUCCACACAGCGAACAACUUGCCGUAGAAAAUACUCUUUUUCGUGACGAAUAUGAGACCAAGCAUCGGUGAGCCGACGAUGGCUGCAGGCAAGAUCCCCACAACUGACCAUAAUGCUGUCUGUAAAUGUAAACACAAAUCAUUAGACACUAGUAACCCCACCUUCACCGCCACAACAAUAGGUACGUACCCGAGAGCAGCCUGAAUCUUGGGCAGUGGGGUCGCGAAUUUGAAC